AAACUGACAGCUUCCGGAAGAAUGAAUCACAAAUUCUGAGAGUAAAUUGCAAAUAGAUUUAGCUGUGUUUUGCAGAAAUAAAGCAAAAAUGGCUGACCGAAAAGCCGAACUAGAGCGAAAGAAAGCUCGUCUGGAGCAAAUGAGACGAGAAAGACAGGAGAAAGUUCGACAGAAAACCGGGGCUACUGAGGGCGAAGAAGGAAAACCUAAAGUACAGAAAGAUCUACGUGCUGAAACAGAUGAUUUGCUUCGUGAUUUGGGAAUUCCAGAACCAUCUUCAGUUCAAACAACUGUGAGUAAAACACCAACAGGUGGGGAGCAAGUUGUGCAUACUGUUUCUACAAGCUCCAGAGCGAAGGUGAAGCUGAGUUUAUGUAAAGUAAAUGAAACAAGUAUAGCUCCCCGAGAACAAGUUUCAUACAGUAAAGAGACUCAAACAAUAAAUGCAGAACCCAUUGAUAAGGAUGUUAAAAUGGUCGAACCAAAAACAGCCGAAGAAGAAAAGAAAGAAGAAGUUGGUAAGUUUCUUUUUCGAGAGUUAUCAGAAGAAGAAAAACAGCUGAUAAUAAAUGAUCCAGAAUUUAAUGUAUUUUUCACAAAAACAACUCGUAUUGUGGAAAGAGCUCUAGCUGAGAAUUAUGAUAUUUUGGUGGAUUAUUCUGGAGGAGACGGAGAAAACAAAGAUGAUGAUGUAUUAGCUGGGGAAAGAUUGAAGUUAAAUCGUACAUUUUACGAUGACCGUUGGUCUAGACAUCGUACUGUCACCAGUUUAGAUUGGUCCAUACAGCAUCCAGAAUUAAUUGUAGCAUCAUAUAAUGUAAAUGAAGAUUCUCCUCAUGAUCCUGAUGGUAUUGCUUUGAUCUGGAACACCAAAUUUAAAAAGACAACCCCUGAAUAUAUCUUCCAUUGUCAGUCUGCAUUGAUGUCGACAUGUUUUGCCAAGUUUCAUCCUAACCUAGUUGUAGGUGGAACCUAUUCUGGACAGAUUGUGUUGUGGGAUAACCGUGUUAAUAAAAGAACACCUAUACAGAGAACACCACUUUCAGCUGCUGCCCAUACACAUCCUGUAUAUUGUGUUAAUGUAGUGGGGACUCAGAAUGCUCACAAUCUAAUCAGUGUAUCUACAGAUGGUAAAAUGUGUUCAUGGAGUUUAGAUAUGUUAUCUCAACCACAGGACAGCAUGGAACUACAACAUAAACAGAGUAAAGCUGUAGCAGUGACAAGUUUCUGUUUUCUGUCUGGAGAUGUGAAUAAUUUUGUAGUAGGAGCUGAAGACUGUACAGUUUAUACUGCAUGUCGACACGGCAGUAAAGCUGGUAUUAAUGAUUCAUUUGACGGCCAUCAAGGACCAAUCACAGCUGUGGAUUGUAAUUCUGUCCAGGGUCAGAUUGACUUCUCUCCAUAUUUCUUAACUUCCUCGUUUGAUUGGACGAUCAAACUAUGGAGCAUCAAGGACCAGAAGUUUAUCCAUUCAUUUGAAGAUAACAGUGAUUAUGUAUAUGGUGUAGAAUGGUCUCCUAUUCACCCUGCAUUAUUCGCUAGUGUGGAUGGUAAUGGCCGACUGGAUCUCUGGCACCUUAAUAAUGAAACAGAGGUUCCCACAGCUUCAACUGUUAUUGAUGGUAAUGUGGCAUUGAAUACCUGUCGCUGGCAUCAAAGUGGUCACAUGAUCAGUGUGGGAGAUGAUAUGGGAAAAAUACAUACUUAUGAUGUGGGAGAGCAUUUGGCAAAUCCAAAACCUCAAGAAUGGUCCAAGUUUGUUCAUACCUUAACAGAGUUAAAACAACAUGCUGUGGAAAGAGAAGACGACUCUAAUCUAGCUUUACGAUAAAUUAUCUCCCUUGGCUUGUUAUGGUGCAAUUUCUUAUCAUCCUUUUUCAUUGCCUUACAUGUAUAGACUUAUUUUUCCUCAGAACAAAAUAAAACUGUUCACAGUUCUAGCUUAAAACCCUCUCGUGAAGUCAUUUAUGAUUUUGUAUUGGUUGGGAUUAUAUCUGUCAAAUUUGACAAUACCUGUUUCAAGGAGUUGACACACUUAUUUAGAGAGGUAGAGAGAUUUAUCAUGAGAUUAAAGUAGCCUGUUUACAGAUCAAGCUAACAAGCCUUUAAUGAAAACAGGGCUUGACUUACGAAUGUGUCUGAGAUGGGUUUGUGUCUUAGAGAGUCCACAAGCCUAUAAAUGAUCUUUCAAAAUGCAUGCCAUGAAAUAGCUUCUGAUGGGUUUAUGUCUGUCAGAUAUUGAAAAUAGUCUGUACUAUGUUUCGGAGAGUGCACAUGCCUAUUUAUGAUCUUUCGAAAUGCUUGACAUGAAAAAGCUUUUUUUUGUGAUGGGUAUAUGUCUGUUAAAUAUUGACAGUAGUCUGUACAUUGUUUCGGAGACUGCACAUGCCUAUUUAUGAUCUUUCGAAAUACUUGACAUGAAAAAGAUUCUUUUUCUGUUCAGUGUAUUUUUGUCAAAUAUUGACAACGUUUACGUUCUUUUAAGAAUAUGACAUGAUUUACCAUGAUUUGUCUGUUAUUUUGAUAUCAAAUAUUUGGCUCAAUUCUGUGGUAAUUGGGAUCUAUAUCUAUUGUUGAAUAAAGGAAAUGGAUUUAGAAGUAAAAUAGUUAUAAAUAUUGAGUCUUUUUUUUAUAUCUUUAGUGCUAUUCUUAUUAUGAUAUUAUUUAUUUUUUCGUAGCAUGAAAAUAGAAAAACAUAGGAUAUGAGCAGUAACUUUGUUUAAAAUUUGUCAGAUUUGUACUUCAAUAAUAUUAUGUUUUUCUUCUUCUUUCACAACAAGCUUACAGCUUUUCAUUUACAUUAAAGUUUGGUUCUGAAGUUUGCAUUCUUUCAAUUUUUUAUUAAUUUUUUUCUGUUGAUCUAGCUUAAACCUUUCAUGUAACAUAAAAUAUUAUUAUUUAGUAUAAAAGUGGAAUGGAUUCUGUUGAAUAAAUUACUAUAUUUACUGAU